CCAUGUCUCCUCCUUCUCAAGCACACCGUCCCUAUUCGGAACAGCACCAAGAUCCAGCUGGACCUGACGACGCCCGCCCUACAGCUAUUCAGAUCGUCCAGGACUUGGGCCUAGAGGGCAAGCUUGAAGACACGACAGUCCUGAUCACUGGCUGCAGUGCAGGACUUGGAGUCCAGACUGCCAAAGCCUUGUACUUGACUGGCGCCAAAAUCUACAUUACUGUCCGUGAUGAGCAGAAGGGUCAGAAAGCCAUCGAGGCCAUCACCAAGGACGCACCCCAAGGCCAAGCCAUUGAGGUAGUGUACAUGGAUCUUGGAGAUUUCGACAGCGUGCGUGCUGCAGCAAAGGACUUUAUGAGCAGAAGCAACAAACUCAAUAUUCUGAUCAACAACGCUGGCAGAACUGUCAGUAGUUUCGAGACUCAAAUGGGCAGCAACCACUUUGGCCAUUUCCUCCUGUUCCAGCUCCUCAGGCCUCUUUUGCUUUCCUCGUCGACACUUACCCAGACCUCUCGUGUCGUCACCUUGUCCAGCUAUGGCCACACCUUCUCACCCAUCCGCUUUGACGACAUGAACUUCGAAAAGUCCGACUACAACGCAUGGGCAGCUUACGGUCAAAGCAAGACUGCGAACAUUUACAUGGCUAACAGCAUUGAUCGUCUCUACGGAUCUCAAGGCCUGCGCGCAGUUUCUGUGCACCCAGGUCUCAUCUUCAAUACUGAGUUGAUGCGUCACAGCUCCAAAGACGCCUUCGACGACUUUGGAGGUGCAGAUAUCUUUGGCAAGCUCGAGAAAACUCCCGAGCAAGGUGCGGCAACCACUGUCUGGGCUGCGCUGACACCUCACUUCAACGACAAGGGUGGUGUGUACUGUGCUGAUUGCGGAGAAUCUGUCGAAGCUGGAGAGAAUGCGCCGACCGGUGGUCCCGAGUAUGUCAGUCAUGCUUAUGACGAAGAGGCCGAGGAUCGUCUGUGGGAGCUUAGUUGCAAAGCCGUUGGUGCA